AUGUCGAGCGCAAAUCCUUUGAGCCCGGACCAUGUUCUGGAGCUCGCAGUCAAAGCUCUACGUGAUGACCAACCGAGUCUCAAAACACCCUUUGAAGCCGUUGCUCUGAUUGGCCAUGCUUGCAUGGCAGCGGUGGAUUUCAGGCUGGUGGGACUCGGUGAAGAUCAUAACAUAGAAUCCUCUAAAGAAACGCCCACCCUGCCCGCGGAAUGGAAUACUAACUCUACCUUUGCCUUUCGAUAUGCCCACGAACAGUCUUCGAUGCAAUACCUAUUGAAAGUGAGUCGACUUGGUAACAAUGCCGUUGUGAUGGCCCUAGCGCUGGGCGACGAUCGUACCAGUUCAUUCGAUCUCCCCGUGAAAGACUAUAUCUCCGAGUCCGCGCUGCCGAUACCAUCAACGGAAGAUCUUACAAGUGCUCUCCAAAACGUAUUUAUCUCGUCGGCCCGUCUAAAUGACCUUAUCGGACUCUUCAAAAUCAAUGUGAUCCAGAAGCUCGCCCCAGGACUCUACAAGGAAGGCUACGAAGGUUCAAGUCGGGAGUUCCAGGAAGCACUCCGCCAACAGCCGGAGGACAGACCACGCCGAGAUCCCCUGCGCGAUGAUCCGAUGCCCCAACCUGCUCGUCCAUACCCCUUCGAUGAUCCUCUGGCCGCUGCUCCCCGUCGCCCUGUUCCACCUGGUGACUUCGCUCCGCCGGGAUUUGAGGAUGAGUAUGAAAUCAACCGACCACCACGUGGAAUGGCUCCCGGGUUCCCUGGUGGAAGAAGCCCCUAUAACAUCGGAGAUCGAGACCUCUACCCUGCAGGAAUGGGACCUCACGAUCCACUUCGAGGACCCAUGGGCCCUGGCUUUGGAUCUGGUGGUGGUGGUAUGCAUCCCAACUUUGAUGAUCCCCUCUUUGGUGGUUCUGGUGGUGUUGGUGGGUAUGAUCCUCGUGCACCACCAGGAGCUAGAUAUGACCCUCCUGGACCAGGUGGCGCACCCUCUGGUCGUAAUAGAGGCCCAUUUGGUGGACCCGGUGGAGGAUUUGACGGAUUUGGCGGUGGAUUUGGAGGUGGUGGUAUUCUCUAA